CAUUUAGUAACGUGCUGUUCGUCGAUCCAGAUCGCCCGUUUUGCCCGGUCCGCUCGAAAAGGAAAAACAAACACUCUCCAUUAUAUUGGCAUAGGUUUUAGUGCCUUUAGCGAGCAAAAUGUCGGGCGAUGUGCAGCCGCGUAAGCGCAAGGAUAAGCGCCGAAAACGCGAUGAUCGCAAGUCCGAGGGCGAUGUGACUGUUCUGCGUCAGUCCAGUUUUCAAGAUGACGACGAAUCUUCGCACGGCGUUCACAUUACAAAGAUGGGAAACGAAGAUCUCCACCUGCAUGUGCACCACGAUCACGGAACUGGCGGUCACUGGUGCGCCAAGAUUAUAUUCUUCGCCCUGAUGGCAGUGCUCCUCGGUUUGGUGGGUCUGAUCAUCAUGGAGAAUCGCGGACUGGAGGAUCUGGACACUCCUCUGUCGGAGUCUAGGUUCUCGAAAGUUUUUGAUGGCUGGGUGGACGAACAUCGAGAUGAGCAUGAUGGUCACGAUGUGCAGGAACCCUCGGGAGAGGCGUUAGAUGAUCACGAUGAACACGACGACCAUGAUGAUCAUGAAGACGAAGACGAAGAGCCCCUCACAGAAGAGUUAGAAGAAGAACUGGAGGAAGAGGAAGAGCCAACUGAGGAGGAUGAGCCAGCGGCAGAUGAAGAAUAUGAGGAGGAUGAAGAUGAGGAGAACAAUGCGGGUGAAAACAUAACUGCCGAGGAUGCGGAGGAGGAGGAAGAGGAGGAGGAUAACGAUGAUGAAGGCACCGUAGAGGCAACUGUAGAAGCUACCACUGAAGCCACUACGGAAGCCACUGGCGAAUAUGAAGCUGAAGAAGAUGAUGAGGACGAAGCAGCAGCAGAUGAUGAUGCAGUAGAGUCCACUGAAGCGCCGCUCUCGAAAGCUGAGGAGCAGGAAGAUGAUGAGGAUGAGGAUGAGGAAGAGCAAGAGAUCGAAGAAUCAGUAGAGCCGGAAAGAUCCCAAUAUGCGGCACAAAGUGCUCCCGCCAAAGAUAAUAAUGACGACGACGAUGAUGAUGAUCAAGACAAAAACGAUGCAGAUGAUGGGGAUGACGACGAAUUUGAGUCCCUGGCUCAGCAAUUCGAAAAUGAUCCCGAGGAUACAGUGCCAGCAAAAGCUGUAGAGAGUGAGGAGCAGGAUCAAGACCAGGCUGAUGAGGAGGAGCCCAAGGAAGAGGGCUCCUCUUGGUUGGCAUCACUUGCCGUUAAAUUUGGCGUUGGCGUUGCACUUGCCUUAGUUUCACGCCUUGUAUUGAUAAGGAAAAGUCCAAAUACAACUGAGGAUGAGCCCGCACCAGAGACUAUAUUCAGGCGAAGAUUGACGAUUGCCACUGCUGAGGAUCACAUACCGGAUGAUGUGGAGGAGCUGCCCCCUUUGGACGAUGAAUAUUCCGAGGAAGAAAUCGAAAUCGAAGAGGAAAUCGAGGUGGAAAUCAGUGAUAUUGAGGAGGAGGAGGAGGAAGUACGUCACGAUAACGACGACAACGUGGCCUCCAUGGCCAGUUAUGUGCCCGAGACAUUUGAGCAACUGAGCGCCAUGUACAAAUACGCCCAGGAGCCUACGAAGGAUGCCAAACCCGAACAGAAAGAAAAGGAGCCGGAAAAGCCAGUAGGUCACAGCGAUAUCUACGUGGAAUACGAAGAUGGUGCUAUCGAGGAUUACGAGCAUGACGGAGUUAGCGAUGAGGAGAUCACCGACGAGGAGGACGAAAUCUCCGACGUGGACGACGCCGAUCUGAUGAACCGGCUGGAAGCGAAAUACGGUCGUCUGCCCGUCAAGGAGUUUGAGAGCGAUCCGGACUCUGACGACCCCAGCUGGACACGUAAUUACUAAACGCACAAAUCACCACGUCUGUCGAUGACCACCCGACUCCAUUCUCCAUCCAACAUAUAUUCGAUCGAUCACAUAAGCUAUCGUAAUCAUAGGCCCAACACUACUUUAAGACACACGACCAAAAACCGAUCGCUUUACACAUAACAGAUCAAAUAAAGCCGAAAGAAGCUGCACCUGCUCCCGCAGAGAAAGAGGAUCCUUUCGAGCAAGAGUUGCGCAAGGCAAACGAGGAGAUGAUUAGGGAGCUCAACAAUCACUAAAGAACAUCACAACAAAAAAACAAAAAACACAAUCUCAUUUCAAAGCUUUAGUUUAUGUUUGCUUGUCAAGUUCAUUAGAUCAUAUAACAGCUUAGUCAUGUAAGAACAAAAAAGGAUAAUUAAUCAAAUGAUAGGAUUUAACCUUAUUCAUGUAUUUAUAGAAACGCUCAUUUCAAGAGACCCAUAUAUGAUUGGGAUGAACCCACGACCAGUUACUCCAAGAACUACACACCCACUUGGAGUAAACUUUGAUCGCGGGCUCAUCCUUGGAACUCCUUUCAACAGCGUUUCAAUUCUUGAGAGAAUGAUUUUAUACUAAUUGCAUGCUUUCGUAUUUUGUCUAACCAUUUUUUUUUUGUGUUUUGGCUGGCGAAUCGCGAACUAAUAUCCACCCCAAAGAACUAUGCCCAAGCCCUGCGUUCCUUUAACACGCUCACCACCAACUUUGCCCACGAGCCAUCGGCCCAUUUGGGAAGAGCUCGACUUCUGGAACUACUGGCCAAAAAGGAGCGCAGCAAUCAGCGCCUGUGGGAAGCCAUCGAUGCUUACAAAAGAUAUUUGGCCUUUGGCGAGCUUGUAGCCAGCAAUCAGGAAUUUCAAACCGCCGGCGAAAGCUGCAUCGAGAAUUUGAGAUUUUUGGGUCACCACCGACAGGCAACUACCAUCCAUGAGCUGCUCAUCAAUCGUUUGCCUGAGGAUCCACGGCUUCGUAACCAACUAUCACUCACCUAUCUUAUGGUAAACAAGUAGUCUUCAGCAGGUUGAAAAGGUGGCUGUGGAGACCCUGAAACUUUGGCCCAACAAUGCAGUGGCUCAACUUCAUUAUGGACUAGCACUCAGACAGUUCCAUGCUGAUUACGCCAAGGCGCUGCCUUAUCUAAAAUAUGCCGUGGAGUCUGGAGAGGAGGGCACGCAAGAGGCUUUCUUCUAUUUGUCGCUGGGCGAGACCAUGCAGCGCCUGUCCAUGAAAUCAGAAGCUCUUGAGGUGUACGGUAAAGGUGUUGCCAAAGGAUUCUUUGCCAGCCUCUAUCAGAGAUCGCUGUACAAUGAGCCCAGGUUGAGAGCACAGCCAUUUUGGCAGCCCAAGGAAACGGGCUAUGAAAGGCAGCUGGAGAAGCUGACGCUCAAUUGGCGUGCCAUUCGCGAUGAAGGACUAGCACUGCUGGGAAGAAGUGGAUUCUUCGAGGAUGAAGCGGAACUGCUGCGCGACAAAGGAGUGUGGCAACAGUAUGAGCUAUAUGCCCAGGGUCGUCGGGUGAAGGACAACUGCCGCAGGGCCCCAAUCACCUGUAGCCUGCUGGAGGAAUUUCCCGAGUCCGCCGGCUGUCGACGUGGCCAAGUGAAGUUUAGUGUUAUGCAGGCCAAGACGCAUGUGUGGCCGCAUUGUGGACCCACCAAUUGCCGACUGAGGGCCCACCUCACGCUAGCUGCUCCGGAGCCGGAAAAAGCAUCACUCCGCGUGGCGGAGCAGGAAAGAACCUGGCGUGAGGGAGAACUGUUCAUAUUUGAUGAUAGCUUCGAACACGAGGUGUGGCACAACGGAAGCCAGUCACGCCUUGUGCUCAUCCUAGAUAUGUGGCAUCCGCAACUGAGUGCCGCCCAGCGCCGCAGUUUAUCACCCAUUUGACCGGUAGUCACUUAGUUGUUCUAUUCAUAGUUCCGGUUCCUAGGCCUGCAAUUUAGUUUAAUUUCUACAUUGUUAGUUAAAUCGCCAUGUUGUAUAGACAUUGUAAUUAUACCUCUUAGUCGUAAGUUCGGUUUGAAUGCGUGUUUAGGCUAUGUAGACGUCAAUUCAUCUGUGUAUCAUAUACGAUUAGCGUUGGCUGGCAGCUUACCCUCGCUUUUCUACUUGACAGAAAUAAAACCUUUUAGGAUUUGAU